CGUGCCGGCCCCCCACGCCCGCGGCCCCGAGCGCCGCCUCCCCAGCCCGCGCCGCCGCGAUGGCGGAGGACAGCGAGUCUGCGGCCAGCCAGCAGAGCCUGGAGCUGGACGACCAGGACACGUGCGGGAUAGACGGGGACAAUGAGGAGGAGACGGAGCACGCCAAAGGAAGUCCCGGAGCAGACUUGGGUGCCAAAAAGAAAAAGAAGAAGCAGAAGCGAAAAAAGGAGAAACCAAAUUCCGGAGGCACCAAGUCAGACUCGGCAUCUGAUUCCCAGGAGAUUAAAAUCCAGCAGCCUUCAAAACACAACACCAUCUGGCAGCAGAUUUCAGCGGGAGCAGCCACGGAAUCCCACCAUUCCAAUGCAGAAGUUGCAGGAUAUCCAGAGAGCAAUGGAGCUGUUGUCCGCAUGCCAGGGCCCUGCCAGGAACAUUGAUGAGGCUGCCAAACACAGAUACCAGUUUUGGGACACCCAGCCGGUACCCAAAUUAAAUGAAGUGAUAACCUCGCACGGUGCCAUCGAAGCGGAUAAGGACAACGUGCGUCGGGAGCCGUAUUCCCUGCCGCAGGGUUUCAUGUGGGACACUUUAGAUCUGGGUAAUGCCGACGUGCUCAAGGAGUUGUACACGCUGUUAAAUGAGAAUUACGUGGAAGACGAGGAGAGCAUGUUCCGGUUCGACUACUCGCCCGAGUUCCUGCUCUGGGCUCUGCGUCCCCCAGGCUGGCUCCUUCAGUGGCACUGUGGGGUCAGAGUGUCUUCGAACAAAAAGCUAGUGGGGUUCAUCAGUGCCAUCCCGGCAAACAUUCGGAUUUAUGACAGUGUGAAGAAGAUGGUAGAAAUCAACUUUCUUUGUGUUCAUAAGAAAUUGAGAUCAAAGCGGGUAGCCCCAGUGUUAAUUCGAGAAAUAACCAGAAGAGUAAACCUGGAAGGUAUUUUUCAGGCCGUUUAUACCGCUGGAGUGGUUCUUCCCAAGCCAGUGGCCACAUGCAGAUACUGGCAUCGAUCGCUAAACCCCAGAAAACUGGUAGAAGUGAAAUUUUCUCACUUGAGUAGAAAUAUGACUUUACAGAGAACAAUGAAGCUCUACAGACUUCCGGAUGCCACCAAGACUUCAGGCUUGAGGCCAAUGGAACCGAGAGACAUCAAGGCGGUUCGCGACUUAACCAACACUUACCUGAAGCAGUUUCAUCUCGCCCCGGUGAUGGAUGAAGAGGACGUAGCUCACUGGUUCCUCCCCCAGGAGCACAUUAUCGACACGUUUGUAGUGGAGAACUCCAGUGGUAAACUAACUGACUUCCUGAGCUUCUACACACUCCCCUCCACAGUCAUGCACCACCCUGCUCACAAGAGCCUCAAAGCUGCCUACUCCUUCUACAACAUUCACACCGAGACGCCCCUGCUGGACCUCAUGAGUGACGCACUCAUUAUAGCCAAGCUGAAAGGAUUUGAUGUAUUCAAUGCACUAGAUUUGAUGGAAAAUAAGACCUUCUUGGAAAAACUCAAGUUUGGCAUAGGAGAUGGCAAUUUGCAGUAUUAUCUGUACAACUGGAGAUGUCCAGGAACAGAUUCUGAAAAGGUUGGACUAGUAUUACAAUAGAUGGAUAUUUCUAUUUCUAGAACUCUGGCAUCAUCAUUUGUUAAUAUUCUAUUUAAUGAUUCCUGGAACUGCCAUUCCAAAGAAGAAUAAAAUAAAAGCACAACUUCGGCAAAAUCGAUGUCGUCGGUAACAAUCAGAAAAGAUGAAAAAACACCCAUAUGUGACCAAUAGUACAUCUUUCUAGCUAGAAUGUUAACAUUCUUUUUUUCCACUGUUCACCUAUUUGUAGGAGGGAUGAAAGGGUACAAAGAGCACAUUCCUCGAAUUUUCAGACUUUUGGCUGUCUCCUGAUGAAGAGAAGGGAUUUUUCCUCUCUGUAGAAAAGGGACUGUUUUUCUAUGGACUGAACAGAAGUCACAGAAUUGUGUAAGCAAAUCUUGGCUGUUGUGUGGAGAUGAACUGAUGCAUUUCUUUGAUUAAGUGUUGGUCUGUUUGUCCAUGUAACAGAAUGAAGGACCCAUCUGGCAAAUCGGUACUUCCCCACCUCGCACAGUGUGAUUGAGAGCGUUUAUGGAACCGGGACGUGUGUAACUCAGUGAGGAGUGGCGGGUGUCUAAGUAUAUAGUGAGAUCACAAGGUACCAGGGACUAGUAAGUACAUUUAUUUCUCCAGGAGCAGAGUCGCCAAAUGAGUAAACACAUAGAUUUGUACUUUGAUCUUCAACAGGUCAGUGGGUUGGUUUCAGAAGCAAAGUUUUGUGCAAACACGGUCUCUGUGAGUCUACACCCAUGGCUGACUAGACCUUGCUGCUGCUGCACAUACUCGCUUCUUCUCGGCAGCAACAAGAGAUGUGAGGCAAAGAAAAUAAAAGCUCUAAAGCCAAAAGAAAUGCUCAGUGGAAUUUAUUAGUGCUAUCAGGACAUUGAUAGUUUGAAUGUUUUUAUUACUUAUGCAAAAUUGCACAUGUUCCUUUAGGCUGACUUUAAUUUAUCAUGAAAGCUGUCAUGCUAAUGGAAAAUGUUAUUUGUAAAUAAGUGUUCAUAAUUUUGUUACUGAUGGUGUUUUUAUCUAGAAUUUGAAAACCAGUUUUCUCAGUGUACAUAUCUACGUGCAUAUUAACUGCCAGUAGUCCAGGAGGGGGAAAACGUGAACGAGGCCACGUGGAAACUGGCUUUGGCUCAAAUACCACAAAGUAGAUAUACUUGUUCCUGCCUUUACUGUACCAGUGCCUAGGCUCUUCAGUCCAGAAAAAUUGAAUUUUCGACAAUAUGACAGUCUUCAUGUUGUAAGCGGUCAGAUGAAACUGGUCGUACCUUAUACCAGGCAGGACCUAGCAAACUAUGGCCCACGAGCCAAAUCCAGCCCAUCACCUCUUUUUGUACAGCCCGUGAGCUAAGAAUGGUUUUUACAUGUUUGAAUGGUUCCGGGGGUGGGGGUGGGGGUGGGGGUGAGGAUCAAAGAAAAAUAACAUCUUGUGAUGUGAAAAUUAUAGGAAAUGCAGAUUUCAGCAUCCAUAUAUAAAGUGUCAUUGGAACACAGCCACACUCACUUGCUUACACAUUUCCUGUGGCUGCUUCGCACUACAAAAGGCAGAGUUGUGUUACUCUGACAGCACUGUAUGGCCCAAAAGGCCUAGCGUAUUUACUACCUGGCCCUUUACAGAAAAAAAAAUUUUGUCAGCUCUGACUUACACUAAAGAGCUGAAAGCCACUUUCUGCACAAGAUUAAACCCACAGCCGUGGCAGCCCCGAGACCACCACUAGAGGGCGCCCGGGGGGCCACAGUAGUGCCUGAGGACGGGGAUGGUUUUUGAAGACCAAGGAUUCGGACCCAACUGCAUUACCCCAUUCUUCCUUAACAGGAGAGUGGCUUUGGAAGCAAAACUGAACUAAUUCAUUGAAACACCAAGAAUUAAGUAAGCGGGAUUUUUUUUUUAAUUAAAAAAAUUUUUUUUCUAAUGUUUAUUCUUGAGAGAGACAGAGACAGUAUGAACGGGGAAGGGGCAGGGAAAGGGAGACACAGUACCCAAAGCAGGCCCCAGGCGCUGAGCUGUCAGCACAGAGCCCCACGCGGGGCUCUAACUCACGAACCUCUCGAGAUCAUGACCUGAGCCCAAGUCAGGUGUUUAACCACCUAAGUCACCCAGGCGCCCCAAGUAAAUGGAAUUUUAAGUUAAUCUGGACUCAAGGCUCUAGCUGGGAAUUAGGGAUUUUAAUUUAAUCUGGCUUUAAGACUAUAGUUGGGAAUUAUAUUCCGCUCAUUUUUAUGGCACAGUCUUACAUGAAGCAGGUUUUCAAAUAAUUGCAGAAUUGCCAAAUUUUAUCACAAGCUCCCCUCGUGAUGAGACUAUGGCACUUUUCCUUUGUUUACAUAAUUCAGUUGUAGAAUUCAGUUUUCCUGUCGUUUUUAAAUGCACUAGUUAAUAAAUGUCACAUUUCCCUCUUUAUAAUUUAGGCAGAUUACCAGUAAAUAUUUCAAAAUUGAAAAUCAGUAAAAUCACUUGUGUUGAUAAAGUUAUUAGGACUAAAUUUUUUUUUUAAUGUUUCUUUUUGCGAGAAAGAGAAGGGAGGGGCAGGGAGGAAGGGGGACAGAGGAUCCCAAGAGGGCUCCACACUGACAGCAGAGAACCUGAUGCAGGGCUUGAACUCAUGAACCAUGAGAUCAUGACCUGAGCUGACUUUGGAUGCUUACCGACUGAGCCACCCAGGCGCCCCAUCAGUUUACUUUUUUUAAUUCCCUUCCUGACUUAUUUCACCUAAUUACCGGCCUACUUUGUACCCAUGUUAUAUUUCCAAGAAAGGAAGUUAACCACGUAAAGGGGUGAACUUCAGCCAUUCAAAAUACCGUGUCUGGCUUUUUUUUAUGAACAUUAAGCCUUUCUCCCAAGCUCAUGCAUUUGCCUACCUACAAAGUUAAGUCAACAGGAAGUUAAGAAAAAAAGAUUUUUUUGUGAUGUUUCUUUUUUUUUUAAUUUUUGUUUUAAUGUUUAUUUAUUAUUGAGAGACAAAGACAGAGCAUGAGCAUUGGCGAGGCAGAGAGAGGGGGAGACACAGAAUCAGAGGCAAGCUCCAGGCUCUGUGCAAGCUGUCAGCACAGAGCCCGGUGUGGGGCUCGAUGUGGGGCUCGAACCCGCAAACCACGAGAUCAUGACCUGAGCCGAAGUCGGUCGCUUAACGCACUGAGCCACCCAGGUGCCCCGUUUUUGUGAUGUUUCUAAAGACGAUGUAUUGUUUGGUGUUUCAUAGCUCUUUUAAAGCUGAUGAUGCAUCUGCAGUCUGCUCUCACCGGCAGCACUAACUAGAACCUGUUUACUGUGGCACACCUUCCAAGCCUGCCAGAAAGAUGUUAAGUGUCGUGGGAUGCAGAUUUUCUUGCUUACUAGCAUUGGUACCAGCCUCUUGGAAAGUGAAUUUAUACAAGCAUGGACAUUAGUCGCAAUAAACUUUUGUUACGAUAUUCGUACUUCUGGAUAUUUUCUGCACUUAGUGUUUUCAAGCGUCAGCCCAUCUGGCUAUACAAAGAGUCUUAUACGUAUGAAACGGAUGUUACCAAAAGUAUUCGAGAAUAUACGUAAAAAUAACAAAUUUUAUUAGUUCCAAGGCUUCUUCGUAAAGUGUCCUCUUACAACUGUGCGAAACGAUAAGUUGACCCAAGAUUACUUUGAGGUCGUUUUUUUACCUUUGGGUGGUUUCCUUAUCUUAUUGGGGUUUGGAAUCAGUUUCUUUAUUUUAAGGGGUUGUAACACCACAGCCUGCUGACUUCCAACAAGCUUUCUUUUCUGUUUAGAGAGGUCUUCAAAGGACGUGUCCAAAACCUCUCUGUCUCGGCUUUCUGAGGACGCAGUGUCUAAACUUGCCCCGGAGUCCUCGGGUCUGCCUUGAAGCCAGGGCACGUGUAAGCUGGGUACUCGGGGAAUUAUAGCUCUAACUUCAGCGUCAAAGGCUGUGGUGGUCUUUUUGAACCCCAAGGCCAGGACGCACUUCAGGCCGAUGACCGGUGCGAGCCUCUCGCUGAGCCGGGGAACCUGACAAGCGGGAACCGCCCGGCUCAGACUUAACUGAAUCAGGUGCGAGGUGAGGAUGGCGGGCUUGGCUGACCUGCACACCAGGACCAGCAGCAGCCCAUUCCUUUCCAGAGCGCGGGUGACUUCAUUGAUGCCAAUGGCGAGCUGCUUCCUGACGUCCACGGGGGUCCACCCUGACUCCUGCUCGCUACCUUCUGGCGGUUUCUCCUUCGGGCCCUCGCUCUUCUCAACCUCUGUGCCACACCUGUCUGGGCUUGGUUUUUUUAAAAACUGCUUUCUCCUUUUCUUCUUAUCCUCCAUCUUCCGAAGCCCAAGAGAUUUAAAUCUGUCUUCAAGCGUCUGCAGUAUGAAGUGCAUGUGUUCUCUCUCGAGCGUGCUCCAGCAGAUGGCGUAAGGGUUGUUCAGCGAGGUCUUUACGGUUAAGGGUCUCGUCUUCCGAACGGAGCCCCUCCCCGGUGCCUGAGGAGCCGCGGCCAUUCCGAAAAAUCUCUCGUGGAGAAGCAAACGACAAAGUAAAACUUGUGUUACUGGCAGUGCAUGUCAUAAGAGUAUCCUACCUGUACUUUGGUUCUCGAUGGGCCACAGCAAGCCUCAUUCCACAGAACUGAUUACGUGACCAUACACCAGACCUCUUUUAAGACUAAGGCAUUUAUUUUCCCCAUUUUUUCAUGACUUUGUCUUUAUUCGUACACAGGCAAUAUAUACAUGUUUUUGCAUUACUGCAGUCACCGUGACGUUCUAUUUAUUUAUUUCCUUUAUUAAAAAUGUUCCAUGUUUCUA